ACGCUCCAAAUCCUGCAACCAUCACCUGUACUGCGAGUUACGACCAUUACCCGUCCCGUUGAGGCGAAGGGAAGCGAUUGCCAUGGACAUUACCGGCCCGUCCCCCAAGCACAAGACCGGAGUAGAUGGGAUUCUCACGGUGGUCGACUGGCUCACCAAGUUCGCCAUGUUUUUGCCUUGUGACUAUCAUACCAAGGCACCGGAGUUGGCCGAGGUUCUCUACGCUGGUUGGAUUCGAACCAAGGGUUACCCCAAGGAAAUCGUCUGUGACCACGACACUCGGUUCAUGUCCGAUUUUUGGUUGGCGCUCAUCAAGCGAUGGGGCUCAUCUCUCAAGCCUAGUUCAGCUCGCCACCCUCAGACCGAUGGCCAAACGGAGAGGGCGCACCAAACCGCACAGGUUCUCCUUCGCACUCUCAUCCGUCCUGGCCAGAAGGACUGGGUUGAGCGGCUGCCAGAUGUCGAGUUGGCCUACAACUCUUCCAUCCACCCGGUUAUCGAGAUAUCGCCUUUCGAGUCCGAGCACGGCUCGCCGGUCACUUCGCCGUUGGACACCAUCACUCCACGAACAGCCAAGAGCGACGACCAUCAUCUUUUCUUGCGUCGGAUGCAAGAGCUACUUGUCAAGGCACGCGACCAGAUGGCCAAGACGCAGCAACGCAUGAGCCAGCAGGCCAAUCGCCAGCGUCUUCCUUGCCCAUUCCGCGUCGGCGAUCUCGUUUGGGUCUCCGCCGCGGAAUUCAGCCUCGAACAAGAUAUCUCUCGCACGCUCCUCCCGAAAUGGAUGGGGCCUUGGCCGAUCGUAGCACCCGCUGGAGACGCACCCGAGGGACCUUCCUUCACGAUUCAGGUGCCCGCCCACUUGCCCGUCUACCCAGUCUUUCAUUGCUUCAAGUUGGCUCUUUACACGCCAGCGGAACAUGACAAUUUUCCCGGGAGACGUUCGCAAGAUCCACCCUCUAUGGACGAUUUUCAGGAGGUCGGCGACAUCAUCUCCCAGCGACGCUACGGCAACAGGCCAACUGAGUAUUUGGUGCAUUUUGCAUACUGCACACACCGAGUUGACGGUUGGUUGACCCAUGCGGAACUUCAAGCAACAACUCCAAACGUUCUCUCGCACGCUACGAACGCAAGAUGCAAGGCAAGCCGGUCUCUUCGGCUCUACGUCGUGCCCACGUCCAGGUUCCACCUUCAGAUCGUCGGCUCCGCCCUUGCCCCGGCUUGACUUCAUAAGGAGGGGAGGGGUGUUACAUGCUGCGCCUGCACACGAGGGCCAUUUUCCAAGCCCUGCGUCCCUCAAACUGAAAGU